AUGAGUUUUGAGCUCUCCGUGGGAAUCAGGAAUCAGACGCAGGUGGUGGAAUUUGUCCUCCUGGGGUUCUCCGGCAUUCUGUAUGGUCGGACGUCUCUUGCCUUGGCAUUCUUAGCCAUCUACUUGGUCACGGUACUGGGGAACCUCAUGAUAUUUACUAUGAUUCAACUGAAACCCAGCCUCCAUACCCCCAUGUAUUAUUUCCUCAGCCACCUCUCCUGCUUAGAUAUUUGCUUCUCCUCAGUCACCGUCCCUAAGAUGGUGGUGAAUGUUUUGCGUCGACAACAGACCAUCUCCUACAACCAGUGCAUGGCCCAGAUGUUCUUCCUGAUCUCCUUCACAGGGACAGAGUGUUGUCUGCUGGCUGUCAUGGCCUAUGACCGCUAUGCCGCCAUCUGUAAACCUUUGCAUUACACCCGCCUCAUGAACACCAAGGUGUGCACCAUACUGGCCUUUGGCACUUGGAUCUGGGGCUUCCUAGACUCUGCUCUACACACGGCUCUAAGCACCAGGUUGGACUUCUGUGGAGUCAACCAGAUUCAUCACAUCUUCUGUGAUCUCCCUCCACUGAUGAAAAUGGCUUGCAGCGACACACACAUCAAUGAACUAGCAGUUCACAUAAUAGGAUUUUUUAUGGGUGGGGGCCCACUACUGUUUAUUAUUUUCUCAUAUGUCUUCAUCCUGUCCUCCAUCUUGAAGAUUCAGUCCACUACCGGCAAGCGCAAAGCCUUUUCCACUUGUGCGUCUCACCUCACGGUUGUUUUCAUUUACUAUGGGAACUCACUACUGAACUAUCAGAGGCCAAGCGCUGGUUACUCCUUGGCGACUGGCACUUUGCUCUCCAUCAUGUUCUGUAUAAUCACCCCAAUGCUGAACCCCCUCAUCUACAGCCUCCGCAACAAGGAGGUGAAAGAGGCCCUGAAGAAGGCCUUGGAAAACUGGAGGCCAUCUAAACACCAUCGCUCUCGAAGUUAG